GGUGGGCGCUCGCUUUGUAUGCUUCCAAUGUAAUUUUUCAUUGACUUUUGCAACAAGACGCCACCUAUCAAAAAGUCGCAGCUCUCGGAACUAGCGGCGAUUUGACAGCUAUGACAGCAAAACGAGGGAACUUUCUAUUCCACACAAACCUUCUGAGCUGUAACACGCAUUUUACAUACGCUUUAAAUCUCAUUGAAAUUCUUCGAAAUUCGAAUCGGCAUAACCUCAAAUCAUGGUAAACACAAGAUCAAGCCAAAAUAAGCGUGUGGCUUCGGCUUCGGGCAAUGCCAAGCCUGUUGGUCCCAAGAAAGCCAAAAUUGAACCAAAACCUCGAUCUGGACCAAAGCCAACACCGAAAGCCGUUCGAUUUUCGUCGGUUACUGACACCAAAAUGAAGACCAGCAAACACCAAUCACGUAUUGAUAGUCCACGCGGUCGUCGCGAUAGUCAACGUAGUCGUCGCUCACCAUCUCCCCGCCGUGACUUCAGUCCAUUUCCAUUUGUUCAAAGUCCUUACGGCUACGGCCAUGGCCACGGUUAUUUGCCUUUUGCAAUGCCAUCACCAUACUAUCCAAAUCCAUUUGGAUUUGGUGGCGUUGGUCCGCACCACCUUGGUAAAGCUCAUCACAAGCGUCGUUAUGAAGAAAUAAACGAUAGUUCAAGCGCAUCGGACGAUGAUGAAUGGGAUGGUUUUGUUCAAUCGCCAGUUGCUAUGCCAGCAAAGCGCACCUAUCGUGCAAAGUCAGUAAGUGCUGCUGCUCCGCCGACCAAGCCACGUGGACGCCCACCAAAAUUGAAUCACACUGUUACUAGUGGCGCGUUGAACGCAGUUGUCCAUGGUUCAUUGCCAACACUAGCAUCGGACGAUGAUGAAUGGGAUGGUUUUGUCCAAUCGCCAGUUGCUAUGCCAGCAAAGCGCACCUUUCGUGCAAAAUCAGUAAGUGCUGCUGCUCCGCCGCCGACCAAGCCACGUGGACGCCCACCAAAAUUGAAUAACACUGUCACUAGUGGUACAUUGCAAACACCAGCAAAACGAACAUCUCGUUCAUCAUCAGCGUCUUCGUUGGCAAAUCGCAUCCAAACUCCUUGCAUGAAACCAAUUGGUCGCGGAAAAUUCGAACAAAAUCCGAAUUGUAACUGUUCAACGUGCGUUCAUACCGUCCAAACAAGUGUUCCGUGGAUGCAAAGCGUCCCUCGUUUUGGCGUCAUUGAUAACCACCAACGCCCCAUUCCAGAUUUGAAUCCGAUUGGUGCUUCUGCCAAGGUACCGCCAUCAGCUACUGUGGUUAGUCGUCAAUCGAGCGAAAUGAUGCAAGCAGCCAAGGCUUCACCAGGUGUUAGUCGUAAAUCGGACGAAAUGAUGCAAGCGCAAAUCAAGCUCAACGCCCAACUUAUGCAACGAAUUGAUGACUUCGAAGCCGAAAAAAAGGUCUGGGCUGAAGAAAUCAAGGCGCUCCAAGCUGCUUCUGAACGCAGCAAAAAAGAAGCUACAUUCUUCAAAGCCAAAUUUGCUGAAUCGUCAUCCGAAUGCAAUAAGCUGAAUGACAAGUUGGCCAAGCGUAAGCCAGACACGAAUGCUGAUUCGUCCGCAAACAAAGAAAAUGAAGGCGAUAAGCCAGUGCUCCAGAAAUGCAAUUAAACGCAAUGAAAAAGCUACCUCGAAGUGCCUGAGCCAAAAUCGGCCAAAAACCAAAAAAAAAUGAAACAAUUCUGUGUUAAAUCUAGUUUCUUUAAAUUUAUUUUCCUUUCUUUUUUCGUUUUUACUUAUAUAUUAUUUAUCAAUCAGUUCAAUUCAUAAAAGAUCAUCACAAACCAUUUAAAUUAAAACACAUUUUGUUGCGUAUUUCUAAAAUAAAUGUUGAAACA